ACAAUAUUAAAUCCGGAAUGGGUGACUUAGAAACAUAAACCGAUACGCAAAUGUACACAAUGUUUUGCAUGCAUUUUGCUCAUUUGCAGCCGUUGGCGUUGUAUGCCAAACUCCGGCAGUCGAAAAACUCUUUCCGAGCAGAACGGUCUCUCACGAGAGUAUAGAUGGUGAUUUGUUUAUGUUUAAAUUAAUGCACAAAAGAGAGGGAGUGACAGAGAAAAAGGGAGAGAGCGAGAGAGAAAGAAAGAAGAGUGGACAUGCCGCCACACAAUGUGCUCUCGUCUGGAAACAUUUGAUGUUGUUUAUGCAUGUAUAUAAACAAUAUUGGCCCCGAGUACGUUAGAACGAUCGGCAAUCAUACGAGAUACAAAGAGAACAUUGUACACACACAGAGCGUAUGUGUAUAACGUAUACAACUUGUUCGAGUUUUAUUGAAAAGGAGAGUAAAUAUAAGAGCGAGAAUAAUGUAACGAACGAACCGAAUCCCGUUCGAUGACGGAGUUGAUCUGUUGAUUUAGUCAGUAUUUGACUGUGGUUGGGAGUAGUUCGUUUGAUUGAAACGGCCUUACCCAUAUUAUUAUUGUUUUCAUUUUUCGUUUAUUUUCUUUUAUUAAUUUCGAUCGCUCGUACAUUUGCACAACAACGGACUUAGUGAUCUUGAUAAUAUUUUUCGAAGUGUUAAAAAAAAGUAAUUAAAGCUUGACAAAAAGGAAAAUAUUCAUAAAACGUCAUAAAAAGCGUGCUUUUUAAACGAAAUCACUUCCAUCAGCGCGAGAAAUUUGUUUUUUUUUAGAGAGACUGCAAUCAAUUUGCCUUUUGCCGGACUUUAUUAGCUUGAUUGGGGUUUUUUCAUCGCUUUUGCGCCUCACUCACAAUUGAUAGCACUUUGUUGUGGAUGCGAAAUGAUAUUGAAGUGAAUAAAGUGCAAAACUUGUUCUUGUCACUGCUGUUGUCGUCGUUGUUAUUGAAUCUAUCACGAAUAAACCUUGAUCGAUGUCGUUUUUUUUCUUAUUAAAGUGAAGCUUUGAAAUUCGAAGAUUAUCUAUUCGUGAAAUAAGUGAAAACAAAAAAAAAAACAAAAAUUCCAAAAGUGCAUUAACUGAAAUGAGUUCUUGUGAAGAAAUUCCAAUGAAACUGUGUAGAAAAUAAAGAGGUACAUUUUUCCGUUGAAAAGUAAAUAAAUUUGAAAAUUAAUUUGAAAAGUCUACGCCAAAAAUAGGUUUAAUGAUCUGUGUGCAUAUAUACAUUUAACGUAUCCAUACGAAUUCAAUAUGCAAAGAACAAUUGAAGUUGAAUGAUCGAGAGUAAAACAGCAAGUGUGUUCAUUGAAAGCAUUAAUUAAAACAUGUUGGCUCCGAAAAAGGGUGAAUUCACUUCACUCGGGAAAUAUUCAAAUGUGAUUUGUGCAUUAAGUGUUGUGAUCAGUGUUUGUUUGCUGAAUGGAUGCAUACAGAAUAGCGUAGCUGCUGAAGCGGAAAUUAGUUCUUCGCCGGAACAUAUUGAAAAAUCGUGCACCGAAAAAUGCCCAGAUCAAAAUCAAAAUGCUUCGAAUAGUGCGGAGUGCAUGGAUAAAUGUGGCCAGAAUCAGUGUGCAGCUGGAUGUAGACUGUGGGAAUUGGCGCUCGAUACGUCAUGUAAGGUGGCAUGUAAUACAACGGAUCCUGAUGUUGAAGACUGGUAUUGUGUAAUGGGCUGUAACAAUGCCAUUUCUCAGUACUUCAAGUGGCUCAUGGCCGAAAUCGGAACACCGCCAGCUCCGGCUCUUUUGGCUGACUCAUUGACGUCAACAUCGCUGUCGCUGGAAUGGGAAAUUCCGGAGAAUUUAGCAGAAAUUAUGAAAAGACGACGAAAUGUUUUACGAAAUUAUUUGGUGCAAUGGCGCUAUGAAGAAAGUGGAAACGAUUGGAAGUACUAUCGAAAUCAGAGUAUGGAAGACAGUUCGACGAUUCAAGUCGAAAAUCUUCAACCGUACACAAAAUAUCGGUUCCGCGUCGCAUUGAUAUUGUCGUCAUUUCGUGAGAUAGAAUUGUAUUCGGAGCAAAGUUUGGUGAUCAUAACAGCUGAAGAAGGUCCACCACAAUCGGAGCCAGAUAUUGUGAGAGCCGUUGCAGUCGAUCAUACCAGAAUAUCAAUAGCAUGGGAACCGGGGCUACUGAAAAACGGACCAAUUCUAUUUUACGUGCUGCAGAUCAAAGAAUCACAUCGAGACACUUAUUUUGCAAUCAAGGACAUACCGAAUGAACAACAAGAGAUUUUGAUUGGAAAUUUACAACCGUCCACAAACUAUACGGUGGAAAUAAUGAUGCGAAAUAAAGGUGGCGUUGGACCACCGGCCAGUGUGAAUGUUACAACAACCGAAAAACCAGAAGUUCGUCAUGAUGACGAAACACUCAAACUAAUCAUCGCAUCGGAUUUUCAAAUUUUGAUGCAAGGAUUGAGAUUCUUCUACGAAAUACCAAAUUUUAUUUACAACAGCAGCGAACCAAUUACCGGCAUCGGAAUACAUGUUGCAAAAAAAUUGCUUUUUAUCACCGAUACGUACAAUAUUUAUAGAGCACCACUGAGCAACUCUACAUUAGAAUCACGUGUGCGUAUUUAUUCAACAGAAAAUACGAAUCAAGUUCCAUUGGUAUUGUCUGUGGAUUGGUUGAAUGAUAAACUCUACAUUUUAUUCGAGAGUGAUACUAUGAAUCAAAAAGGUUGGCAAAUCUCUCGUUGUAAUAUUGAUGGUAGCCAUUUACAAGUUGUGUACGGUGGACUUCCAUCGAAACCGGUUCAUUUUCAAGUGGAUCCAUUCAAUGGAUAUUUAUUUUGGUCGUUUAGUAGCAGUAGUAAAAGUGACGGUGGUCUAUAUCGCUUAGAUUUAAGCGAUGUAUCGAAUGGUGUAAAACAUGAAAUCGAGCCAACACGUAUAUUCAAUCACCAUGAUAUCGGUGUAUUUACAAUCGACUACACCAAAUACAAUAUCUUGGCGCCAAUCGACGAGCUCAAUACUGUAAUGUCAAUGGAUUUGAAUGGUGAUAACUAUAAAGACAUUCGAAACAACACCCAAACACCAAUGUUUCGUUCGGUCAAAUCGUUUGCAUUGGCCAAUGAUGAUUUAUUUUAUUGGUCAAAUGGUUCGGUUAUUCUAACAGAAGAUUAUCAUGAAUUGAGCGAUCAUUAUUACACUAGUAUUUACAAAGAGUUUGCGCAGCUGAAACAUUUUAUAUAUGUUGGCAUGAAAUUGCCAUCAGCUCAACCGACGCCUAAGCCAUUGAAUCCGCCGAGUAAUGUGCAGGCGCUGUUGAGUGUUGAUCGGGCUAAGGUAUCGUGGCGUAUUCCGCACCUUUUGAGUAUUCAAGGUCGAGGCGCAUGGCAAGAUUGGACCUACAAACUGGAAGUCAUCGAUGAAGAAAACAGCGACACAAAUCAAACAUUGAAAGGAAUUAAAACGACUCACUACACAGUGUCCGAUUUGAAGCCGGAUACAAAGUAUCGAUUUCGUGUUACCGCCUACACAAAUGCCGGUUCAGGUCCUUAUAGCGUUGAGUACAUGGGCCAGACAUUGAAAAAAGCGGACAAUCGUGAAAUAGUUUGGUCAUCGCACGAUGGGCUCAUUCAAAGCGACAUAUUGGCCGAGAACGUGCAUACAUUGAUUCCGCAACCAACACUAAACGCAUGCAACAUCUCCAAUCUCGAAUGGUUCGAAGAUAUUUUAUACUAUGUUUGUGGCAAUUUAUUGUAUUCAUUUAAUCGAACCACAAACGAUACAAAAAAGUUGGAUGUCAAAGAUUCAGUGCAAGCGAUUGCUGUUGAUUGGAUCGGUCGCCGUUUAUAUUGGUUCAAUCCAUUACAUCAGGUGCUCACUCGUGGCAAUCUCAUCAAUUUCGAAUCGGAAAUUUUAUUCGCAUUAACUGCCGUUGAAGUUGACAUUAAAAUCGAUGCAAUUCGAGGUUAUUUGUACUUUUCAACUGGAAAUUCGGUGGAAUAUUGUCGUUUAAAUUGCAACGAUAAAAACCGAAAAAAGUUCUAUACUAUUGAAUCGUUUACUGGACGAAAAGUGAUGGGUUUGACAUUGGAUUUUGAUAUAAAUCGAGUUUAUUGGAUUAUUCGCGGUUAUGAGUCAGCAACGUUGGCGAUUGCACCAUUGAUUUAUGAUGAAUACAGCACCGUUGUGAUAGAAGAAUUUAUAUUGACCGAAAAUAAAAUUCUGGGACCAUUGGCUUAUCUGAGCAAUCGAUUAAUGUGGCUUCAAGAUGAUCAUACGAUUGUUGUUGGCAAUUUGACCGGCAAAAAUUUGGCACACAUUAAAAAUAUCGAAUUGAGCGAUUUGAGAGCAUUUCUAGUCAUCGAUAAGACACAACGAAAUAUUCCCGAUUUGGAUGAACCAUUGAAUGUUAUUCCUGAAGCGGUAAAUGCAUCGACCAUUCAUGUGACAGGCAAAUGGAAUUUCUUUACAAUCAUUUGGCAACCCAUCGAAUCAGUGAAUUACGGGGAAGUUUCGUAUGAAAUUCGAUAUUUGAAUCAAACAGUCGUUGAAAAAAGACCGUUUCUCGAAAUUAAAGACGAUAAAAUACCAGCUCACAGCCAAUUGAAUGUAACAAUAAAGGCGUUUACAUACUGGGCAUCAUCGGUGGCGGUUAAGAAAAUUGUGUAUUCACCAUCGGCACCGCCAUCCGAACCAUUGGAACCACGUCUUUUUGUCAACCACGUGCAUAAUCCAUUGAAGGAUGAUUUGGAUAUUGAUGUGAUCUUUCGAUGGAAUACGCCGAAAUCAGUUAAUGGGCCGCUAAUUGGCUAUAAAAUACAAUGUUGGUAUGUAAAAGACAAUAUCCAUCACGAGAAGUACAAUGAUUAUGAAAUGCAACCCGAAAAAAAUGAGAAAUACAUCGAAAAAGUGGAGAAAAAUGCCACAUUUUAUUGUAAAGUAAGAGCUGAAACACGUGCCGGCGUUGGAAAUUAUUCAUCAUUGAUAAGUAUCAAUACGCAAAAUGAGAAGCCAAUACCGCAACUCUUUGCCACCAGUAAUGAUAAAAUUUAUAUCGUUGACUUUGAUUUAAAGCUCCAUAAGUCAAAUGUAAAUGCCGGCAGCAAAGUGGAACAUUUGUGUUACAUUGCAUUGAACAAAGAGUUCUUUUGGGCCAAUGAAAACAACGAACUAAUGGCAUUCAGCCGAGACGGUCGCAAGAAAUUGUAUUCGAUGAAUACACCGGUGCUAUCAUUGACGGUUGAUUGGAUCGAACGAAUUGUUUACUGGUCACAGUCCGAAUCCAAAGGAAGUUCGAUCAAUUCGUUCAAUUUGAAUACGCAGAAAUCGAAACGUAUUCUAAAAUCGCCGCAUUUCAUUAUCAAUUUGAAUGUGGCUCCGUUAAACCGUCAACUCUUUUGGAUCGACAGUGAAUCGGACAUUUCAAAUCGCGGCAAAUUGGUUUCGCUUCAUUUGGACGAUGAACAAUCUUCGGCAUUUCUUGGCUCGAAAAAUGAAUCAAUUUUAGUGACACAACAAACAUUAUUUCUUGAUACAUUCACGGUAGACCACGAAAAAGUCGUAUGGCUCAGUGAAAUCAAUCAAUUGAUGUCAACCGAUAUUCGAACGAGAGCAUCGACCGUCGUCAAUUUUACAUAUCAACCGAAUAUGAUGAAUUUUAAUCGCGAUAGUGCUCGCAUUUAUUGGACACAGAAUAACAUUACCUUUGCCGAAAAUCAAUUGGAACAAGCACCGUACCAGCACACUUUCUUCUAUCCAAUGAAAAUCUUACCGAUUUUCCGACAGAAUUAUCCACCGCUUCGUUGUUUGCUGCCACCAAAAUACUUUUAUCAAAUAGCAAGACUCGUCGUUCAUAAGUCCACUGAUCGAGCAUUGUGGCUUAAUUUACCAGUGCCAAAAGGUGUCGAUAACUGCUCAUUCGUACCAAUGUUUUGGAAAUUUAGAAUCAUGUACGCUGAAUUGGAAAAUGAAGAGCCACAACGUUGUUCGCUGGAUAUAUGCAAUUCCACCGAAACAAGUGAUAAAUUGAUUGAAAUUAACAAUCUUAAGCCGUAUACCAAAUAUCAAUUUCAAAUAAGCAUAAGCAAUUAUUACACGGAAAAUUUGAAUAUGAGCGUAUUUUUUACGCGGCCUUUGGUGUUUCAAACAGAAACCGGUGCACCGUCAAGCCCGAGAAAUGUCACGACACAAAAUGUGAGUCCAACUGAAAUCCAUCUUAGCUGGUUGCCACCACUUGAGAUGAAUGGGCCGGAAAUUCAGUAUGAGGUCCACUAUUCCACCGAAAAUGAAAUCAACGGAAAGAAAAAUCAAUUCAAAAUGACUGUCAAAGGUGAGAACGUAACUUCAAUUAACAUAAAUGAAUUGCUGCCAAAUCAGCCGUAUAUCGUAUGGGUGCAGGCGCACACAACUGAAAUUCUGUACAGUGAAAGUCCUCAUUUGAAAAUAAAAACACUGCCCGAUCCGGAAAUGAUUAAAUUAAUUUCAUCAACCUCAAAAUCUUUGACGGUUGAAUGGGAGCCGUACGCAAACGCUUCAAGAUAUGUGAUGCUUUGUCGUCCAAUCGAAUACAAUGAUUCUUUUGCUGAGCUCAUUCUUGAUUCUGCGCACGAAAUAAAUAAUACGAACAGCCAACGAACUGGAAACAAAGUAACCGUUUUAAAAUUGCAUCCAAAAUCUCGGUAUGUUUAUUGGUUACAAUUUUGGUUUAAAAACCGCGUUGAUGCAUAUACUUGGCCACAAAAAGAGCGUUUUGUAUUUGAAACGCAUACGGAUCGACCGAGUGCACCAGGCAAACCAAGCACCAUGAUUCGAAACAAUGAGUAUGAGGUGACUUGGACACCGGCCGACAGUAAUGGCGCCAAAAUCGAAGAAUACAUCUUAGAAGGUCUUCGAGUGCGUGCUCUCAACCGGGCCGUACGUUCAACCAAUUCGAUUGAAAACCACAAUCAAGCAAAUACUUUAAUUGAGCUGCGACAGACGAUUAAUGAAUCAAAACCAAUCGCAGACUCAUGGAUCGUGUACUACAAAGGCAAUGAUACAUUUUGGAAAGUGGAAGGUUUGACCGACAUUGCAAUGUAUUCGUUCCGAGUCAAAGCACGAAAUGCGAAUGGUUGGGGCGAAUAUAGCGCACUGAGCGAACGAAUUACAGACAUUCCACCGCUUUCAACAAAUAGUGAACAACUUGUGAUUGCUGUAGCCGCACCGGCGUUGAUUGCCAUUUUAAUUGUUACAUUUAGCUGCUUCGUUUGUGCCUCGCGACGCAAACAAUCCAAACAAUCGGACAAAAAGAAUUUCUCCGACGUGAACGUCGAAUUGGCCACAUUACCACAUUUACCACGAAGCACAACAUUUGUACAAAGCAACAAUAUACUGUACACUUUUGGUCCGAUCACCGACGGCGACGUUGCUCUAUUGCCACAAAUUCGCAGCGAUCAAAUUACGCGAACUAAUUUCCUUGGCAGCGGUGCAUUCGGUGAGGUAUAUGAAGGAUUCUUGGGUCAUAUUGAUACCGAACCAAAAACACGAGUGGCAAUUAAGACACUUCGAAAAGGUGCGACACAACAAGAGAAAGAUGAAUUCCUGCAAGAAGCACAACUGAUGAGCAACUUUAAGCAUAAACACAUUCUCAGCUUGAUCGGCGUCUGCUUUGACAAUGACACAUUUUAUAUUAUCAUGGAAUUGAUGCAAGGCGGUGAUUUGCUUAGCUUUUUGCGACAAAAUCGACCGUGUGACGUAAUGGCAUCGGCUUUAACCUUAUUGGAUUUAACAACAAUGUGCGUGGACAUUGCAUCUGGUUGCCGAUACUUGGAGGAAAUGCAUUUUGUACAUCGUGAUUUGGCUUGCCGUAAUUGCUUGGUGUCCUCGAUUGAUCCAGAAAAUCGUGUUGUGAAAAUCGGUGAUUUUGGGUUGGCUCGAGAUAUUUACAAAAAUGAUUACUAUCGCAAAGAUGGCGAAGGACUGUUACCCGUUCGCUGGAUGUCGCCAGAGAGCUUAGUUGAUGGAGUUUUCACAUCACAAUCAGACAUUUGGGCUUUUGGCGUGUUGUGCUGGGAAAUCAUGACGUUAGGACAACAACCAUAUCCAGCGCGUAAUAAUGUUGAAGUUUUACAUUAUGUACGUGAUGGCGGCCGAUUAGACAGACCAAUGAAUUGUCCAGAUGAUUUAUACCAAUUGAUGCUCAAAUGUUGGAGUUAUCGACCAGAAGAGCGUCCAACAUUCCGAUACUGUUUAGAUAUUUUGCAGAGUUUACGCACCAAAUUCGAUGACAUUCGCAUCAAUUUGGAGAAUGCAAAUCGAAAUUUUGCCGGUGGAAUAUUUAAUCGAUCGUAUUUAUUAGCCGACGAAAAUCAUAAUCAUACAAAAGAUGUUGUAAAAUACGUGAACACACCGAUCGCAUCAGAGAUGUAUUCAGUGCCGAAAGGUAUAAAUUCAAUGCCAAAGUAUUUAGAAAUUAUUUAUGAUGCAAACGAUGAUCAACCACAACCACCGAAUCCAUAUGAAAUUCCAUUGCCCGCGUUAGAUGAAAAUGAAAUUGUGCACACGAGCAGUCCAACGCCGAGUGAAAAAAGCAGUAACAAAAGCACCGAAUUUGAUUCAAUCAAAUCCGAUGCAAACAAAGAAAUUAAAGUGAAGAGUCGAACAGUAUCAAGUUCAUCAACGGUUAGUGAAACCAGUGUGUACAAUACAAGUAAAAAGAGAGAAGCGUUAAAUGUACAACCGGAAGAUGAUGAUUUGUCGGAAACAAAUGCUAUUCUGAAUGUUGCCCUACCCAAACAAACAAGCAAUGAACAAUUACUGCCACCGCCCCCACCACCGCCGAUACAACAACAAACACACGAUAAUAGCAAACGUAAGUUGAAGCAAAUGUACGCAAAUGCAAAUAUUGAAAGCGCAAUACGCAAUUGUGAUGGUAUCACAUCGAUGUGAAACUCAAAAAAAAAAAAACAUUAGAAUUAAGGUCAAUCUUUUAUUUAGCAAAGAAAAAAAACUCCCAGUGAGUGAAACUUUCUUGUGAAAACAAUUUUUAGAACCAAAAACAAAUUAAUAAUAAAUGUCUUUUAUUUUAAUAAAUAUUUCAAAUUUUGAAGCAAAAAAAAUCACGAGAAAAUCUCUUGCAGAAUGCAAAAUAAAUGUAUUCAAAAUAAAUAAAAAAUAUUCGUACAAAUCCAGUGAAUCUAAAUACAAGAGAAAUUUAACUCGUCGCAUGUCAAAAUAUCAAUAAAAUCGUAAAUAUGAUAAUAAGACUAAAUACACGAUAGAAUCCCAAUUCUUUUUUUUAAAUUUAAUUGAACAAGACUUUUAUCGACUAAGUUUUCCAUCAAUUCAUAUAUACGUAAUUUUAAUCGACAGAUAUGUUUAUAAUUGAGAAAUUAGAUAAUAAACAAAAAAUCAAAUAAAAUAUAUAUAAAUAUACGCCUUAGCCCAAAGUACGUAUGUGUCAUUGUGAAAUAAUAAUCCGUUCAAACUAAUUACGGCAGGAAAAAAACUGCACUUCAAUUUAUUAUUCAAUUAUAGAAGCAACCAUGGUUAUUUUUUUCUCGCAUUUUUUGGAGGGAUUUUUAAUUUGCAAUGACUCAUAUGCAGAAAUGUCUUUAUAUUAAAGACAUUUAUUUAUAUAGAGAAAAUUAUGAAACAUACUUUUAGAGAUUCUGUUGUAAUAAGAUUUUGAUGAUCAAUUACAUUAAUAACAAAAACAUG